AUGCAUCCUCUCAAGCGGGCGAAAGCCAUGAUUUUUAUUCGUUGCCACCUUGAUGAAGGAUUAAAGUGCAAGUAUAUAACAGUUAAAGAUCCAGUAACUCUCUCAGAUGCACUGAGAAACAUAUAUAAUCACCAGAAAACAGUGAUUCUUCCAAAAGGUCAUUAUAAAUGGACAUACUUGAGAAUCCAGGAUUUUAAGACGGUUGCUGAGUAUAACUCUACAGUGUCUAGAAUUAGCUCCCGAAUGAAACUUUGUGGGGAGGCUAUCACUGAGGAAGAUAUGUUGGAAAAGACUUUAAGUACUUUUCAUGUCUCUAACGUGCUCCUGCAGCAGCAGUAUAGAGAGAAAGAAUUUAUUGAGUACAACCAGUUGAUAUCAGUGCUCCUGGUGAUUGAACAAAACAAUGAGCUACUGAUGAAAAAUCAUCAGUCUCGACUAAUUGGGUUGACUCCAUUUUCAGAAGUGAAUUCUGCUUCUCUUAAAAAAAACACCACCUUCUCUCAUAGCAAUAAUUACAGACGAAGACGUGGCCACAAGUGA